AUGGCGGGCGAUUCGCCGCAAUCUUCAUUUCACGAAGAUCCAGAAUACCUUCCGAACGUGAAGGCAAACGAUUGCAAUGACGAUGAAGAUGAAUCAAACAAUGGUGAUUCUUCUUCUAACGAGGAUACCAGGUUUAAUCUCAUUCGAACAUUAACCAGAGACCGAAAUACAGAGCUCUCGAGAAUAGCCUCCGUCUUCUCCCAUGCCGACGAGCAUUCCACUGCUACUGACUCCCUAGCACGGAUAGAUACCCUUGCUGGCCUCCAACUCGGAGAUGCCGUGCUGAACCCAUCCAGCCCGCAGUUCGACUUUUACAAAUGGGCCCGCAUGCUUAUGAAGCUGAUGGAGGAGGAUGGGCUCAAGAGACGACGGACCGGCAUCACCUUCAGGAACCUGAGUGUCUACGGUUCCGGGCCCGCGCUGCAGCUGCAAAGCACCGUCUCCACACCGAUCAUGGCACUCUUCCGGUUCCAAGAGACGUUUGGGGUUGGGCGGAAGACACGCAAGCGGAUCUUGAACAACUUCAAUGGAGCGUUGAGGGAGGGGGAGAUGCUUGUCGUGCUGGGGAGGCCCGGGAGUGGAUGCAGCACCUUUCUCAAGACCAUAUGUGGAGAAACACAUGGGCUUGAGCUGGGCAAGGAGGCCUCGGUUCAAUACAACGGUAUUCCCCAGACAACGUUCAAGAAGGAAUUUCGCGGCGAAGCUGUGUACAGUGCGGAGGAUGAGAAACAUUUCCCCCAUCUUACAGUUGGACAGACGUUGGAGUUUGCUGCUGCUUGUCGGACUCCUUCUGCAAGAGUGAUGGGCAUGGAGAGGAAGGAGUUCUCUCACCAUAUUGCAAGGGUGGUCAUGGCCAUUUUCGGCUUAAGCCAUACCGUCAACGCCAAAGUUGGUGAUGACUACGUCCGAGGCGUCAGUGGCGGCGAACGCAAACGUGUCAGCAUUGCGGAGCUUGGGCUCUCUGGCGCACCGGUAGUCUGCUGGGACAAUUCAACCAGGGGGCUUGACUCAGCUACAGCUCUUGAGUUUACCAAGGCGCUGCGAAUCGCCUCUGAUGUCAUGGGAGCUACACAGGCCGUUGCCAUCUACCAGGCCAGCCAGGCAAUCUACGACUUGUUUGACAAAGCUGUUGUUCUCUACGAAGGGCGCCAGAUCUACUACGGUCCCGCUAACUCAGCCAAGAAGUAUUUCGAAGACAUGGGCUGGUAUUGCCCGCCCCGCCAGACAACUGGCGAUUUCCUCACCUCUAUCACCAACCCGAUGGAGCGGAGAGUCAGGGACGGGUUUGAAUCCAAAGUUCCCCGAACCGCCCAUGAGUUUGAGACGUAUUGGCGCAACUCGCAGCAAUUCAAGGACAUGCAGGCUGAAAUUGAGCAGUGCGAGGAUGAACAUCCCGUUGGCGGGCCGGCGCUGGGAGAAUUGCGCGAGGCCCACAACCAGGCGCAGGCAAAGCACGUUCGCCCGAAAUCACCGUAUACCAUAACCAUACUUAUGCAGGUGAAGCUGUGUACUACCCGUGCCUACCAGCGCCUGUGGAAUGAUAAAGCAUCGACGAUUUCCAGGGUGAUGGCGCAACUGAUCAUGUCUUUGAUUAUCGGCUCGCUCUACUUUAACACGCCACAAGUUACCAGCAGUUUUUUCUCGAAGGGUUCGGUUUUGUUCUUUGCUAUUCUGCUCAAUGCAUUGCUUUCUAUUUCUGAAAUUAAUACGCUUUACUCCCAACGCCCUAUCGUCUCCAAACACGUAUCAUACGCCUUAUACUAUUCCUGCGUCGAAGCUUUUGCAGGGAUCGUUUCCGAUAUUCCCAUAAAGUUGAUAACUAGCACUGUCUUCAACCUAAUCAUCUACUUCCUCGGAGACUUGCGACGGCAGGCGGAUCAUUUCUUCAUUUUCUUCCUUUUCACUUUCAUCACCAUGUUAACUAUGUCUGCAAUAUUCCGGACGCUUGCCGCUGCGACGAAGACAAUUUCCCAGGCUCUCGCAUUCGCGGGAGUCAUGGUUUUGGCUAUUGUCAUAUAUACGGGUUUCACAAUUCAGCGGUCAUAUAUGCGCCCAUGGAUGGAAUGGAUAAGCUGGAUUAAUCCUGUGGCAUAUGCAUUCGAAGCUAUCCUGGUAAACGAAGUACAUAACCAACGCUACGCAUGUGCACUGAUUGUCCCGCCAUAUGGAGAAGGAAUGAACUUCCAGUGUCCAAUUGCCGGGGCGGUGCCAGGCGAGAGAUCGGUGUCCGGCGAUGCUUGGGUAGAAUCGCAAUAUGGCUACAAGUACUCCCAUAUCUGGCGGAAUCUCGGCUUCAUCUUCGCAUUCCAGGUCUUUUUCUACGUGGUGUAUCUUACUGCGACGCAGCUGAACACUGCCUCAGCCUCGACCGCAGAAUUUCUUGUUUUCCGCCGCGGUAAUGUUCCGAUAUAUAUGCUGAAACAAGACGAUGAAGAGAAUGGCAAAGCAGCUCCUCCUGCUGCUGCUGCUGCUGCUGCUGCUGCUGCAGCUGCUGAGGCUAAUUCCAAGAACGAAGAAGAUAAAACCAACGUCCUUCCCCCUCAGACUGACGUUUUCACAUGGAGGAAUGUAACUUAUGACAUCACGAUUAAGGGAGAGGAUAGAAGGAUCCUUGACCACGUUUCUGGUUGGGUUCGACCCGGUACACUUACGGCACUGAUGGGCGUCUCUGGAGCUGGCAAAACUACCCUGCUCGACGCGCUCGCGCAACGCAUUUCUUUCGGAGUUAUCACGGGGGAUAUGUUUGUCAAUGGAAAGCCCCUUGACCUAUCCUUCCAGCGCAAAACUGGCUACUGUCAACAGCAAGAUCUACAUCUCGAGACAAGCACGGUACGCGAGGCACUGCGCUUUUCAGCAAUGUUAAGACAGCCAAAGAGCGUUUCCAAGCAGGAAAAAUACGAGUUUGUUGAAGACGUGAUUAAGAUGUUGAACAUGGAGGAUUUUGCGGAAGCGGUUGUUGGUAACCCUGGUGAAGGACUCAAUGUUGAGCAGCGGAAACUUCUCACCAUCGGGGUUGAACUGGCUGCAAAACCGCAACUACUGCUCUUCCUUGACGAACCAACUUCCGGCCUUGACUCACAAAGUGCAUGGGCGAUUGUUACUUUUCUCCGGAAGCUUGCUGACCAUGGUCAAGCUGUGCUCUCCACGAUCCACCAGCCGUCCGCGGUGUUGUUUCAAGAGUUCGAUAGACUGCUGUUGCUGGCGAAAGGUGGUAAGACGGUCUAUUUUGGCGAAAUUGGGAAGAACUCUGAGACCAUGCUCAAUUACUUCGCGACCCAUGGUGCUGAGCGCUGCCGUCCUGACGAGAAUCCAGCAGAAUACAUGCUGAACGUUGUGGGGGCGGGUCCUAGUGGUAUGUCGAUGCAGGAUUGGGCGGCGGUGUGGAAUAACAGUCAAGAAGCGAAGCAGGUCCAGGAGGAAUUGGAUCGUAUACACGCGGAGAAGGCAGAGAAACACGAUCCUACGGCUGAUCAACAAGCCGUGACACAGGAGUUUGCGAUGCCCAUGACUUCGCAGAUCUACUACGUUACGUUUCGAGUUUUCCAGCAAUACUGGCGAACACCGACAUACAUUUGGGGGAAGUUUUUGUUGGGCUUCAUGUCUGCCGUCUUCAUAGGAUUCUCAUUCUACAAACAAAACUCUUCGUCCUCGGGGCUUCAAAAUACGCUCUUCGCGAUAUUCAUGUUGACAACAAUCUUCACGAGUUUGGUCCAACAGAUUAUGCCCCGAUUCGUCACCCAACGCUCCCUCUUCGAAGUCCGCGAACGUCCAUCACGAACCUACGGCUGGAAAGCCUUCCUCCUCGCAAACAUCAUAGUCGAAAUCCCCUACCAAAUCCUCCUAGGCAUCGUAGUCUGGGCAUCCCUAUACUUCCCCGUCUUCGGCAAGAACCAAACUUCAGAGCAGCAAGGCAUAUUCCUCAUCUACUCGGUCCAAUUCAUGAUAUUCGCCUCCACCUUCGCCCACAUGGUAAUCGCAGGGCUUCCCGAUGCAGAAACAGCCGGCCACAUCGCCACAACCCUAUUCAGCUUAUCCCUCACUUUCAACGGCGUCAUGCAACCUCCCCGCGCUCUCCCCGGCUUCUGGAUCUUCAUGUGGCGCGUCUCGCCUUUGACCUACACCGUGGGUGGUCUGGCCGCCACGGGCCUCCAUAACCGCAUCGUCAACUGCGCCGAGAACGAGUUCGCCAUCUUCGAUCCGCCCAGCGGUGCCACGUGCGGACAGUAUCUGGCGGAGUUCUUCGCUGCGGGUGCCCAGGGCCAACUGGAAGACCCGAACGCAACGCAGGGAUGCAGGUACUGCUCUUUGAGAAAUGCUGACCAGUUCCUUGCUGGCUCGGAGGUAUUCUGGUCACAGCGCUGGCGCAAUUUCGGGCUCGGUUGGGCGUAUAUUGGGUUUAAUGUGUUUGCGGCUGUCGCGCUGUACUACAUGCUAAGGGUGCGAACUUCGACGGGCAAGACUCGGAAACGGGCUAGUUUGGUGAAGCAUUAUGUGCGGUGGGUUGGGAGUUGGGUGCGGGCGCUGUUUACGACGAGGAUUGAGAAGACGCCCGAGGAAAAGGUUCAUGUGAAUGAUAGGAUUCUUUGA